UACCCUGGGAUCUGAAGUGAGCAACAGUCUGUUCAGUGUGGAUCAGAGAAUAGGAAACACCACAACGUGAGGGAAUGUUCAGCUACGUGCGCAGCUCUUUGGCCAUCCCUAGUAAUACCAACCCAAGAAUCUCCCCAAAGGAGGAAAAAGAAUCUGACGUUUUCCGGAAAAGAGCUCCACAGGCUUUAUGGGAAAUGUGGUCUCCGAUGGCUGGCCUAUACCCCGGAGGAGCCUGGGAACUCUAGAUGUAUUGAAGACUGUGUAAACGAAGCUCAGAGUCCCUCUUGCCCGUUUUAGCCUUCCUAGCAACCCAGCAGUGCUGGUUGGAAUUUCAAAAAGCCCAGAAUGAGCUCAUAAGAGAUGAUCUUGGUCCAAGAGCUGCAUAAAAUGAUCACCUUCCAGGAACCAAUGACAUUCCAGGAUGUGGCUGUGGACUUCACCCCAGAGGAGUGGCAGCUUCUUGACUGUGAUCAGAGAAUGCUGUAUUGGGAUGUGAUGUUGGAGAACUAUAGAAACCUCAUCUCAGUGGGAUGUCCAGUUACUAAAACAAAAGUGAUCUUCAAGGUGGAACAAGGACAAGAGCCAUGGAUGGUGGAGGGAGAGAGUCCAUAUUGGAGCUAUCCAGAAACUGACUGCCCACUUGUUGAUGAACGAGAGAAGCAUCAGGAAGGCAAAGACAAUUUUUUGAAGUCAGUUUUGUUCACAUUCAAUAAAAUUCUGGCUAUGGAGAGAAACCACUGUUAUAGUAUGAACACAAGUCUUAAUCCCGCAAGAAAAAAAACAUAUAAAUGUAAAUCAUAUGGGAAGAGUUUGCAGUCUAAUAUAGAUUUAGUUAAUUAUAAUAGAAGUUAUACUGGAGGAAAUUCUUAUGAAUGCAGUGAAUGUGGGAAAGCCUAUAGCGGGAAGGCACACCUUGCAACUCAUCAGAAAACGCAUAAUGGAGUGAGACCCUUUGUGUGCAAUGAUUGUGGGAAAGCUUUUAUGCAAAAAGCACAGCUCAUGGUCCACCAGAGACUUCACACUGGGGAGAAACCUUAUGAAUGCAGUCAGUGUGGGAAAACAUUCACCUGGAACUCAUCCUUUAAUCAACAUGUGAAAUCUCAUGAACUUGAGAACUCAUUUGAAUGCAAGGAAUGUGGGAAAACCUUUAAAUAUAGUUCAUCCCUUUAUAAACAUACUAGGUCUCAUACAGGAGAGAAACCCUACCAAUGUAUCGAAUGUGGCAAAGCCUUCGGCAACACAUCUGUGCUUGUUACACAUCAAAGAAUUCAUACGGGAGAGAAACCUUAUGGGUGUAUUAAAUGUGGCAAAGCCUUCAUCAAGAAGUCUCACCUCCUUAGACAUCAGAUAACUCAUACAGGAGAGAAGCCCUAUGAAUGUAACAAAUGUGGGAAAUCAUUUUCCCAGAAGUCAAAUCUUAUUGUACAUCAGAAAAUUCAUACAUAAUAUUCACUUUAUGAAUAUGAGAAGGCCUUAAAUAUUAGAUUGAUCUUACUAAAUAGCAGAGAAUUCAUGGUAAGGAGAAGUCCACAAUUUGAAUGAAUCUGGGAGAGUAGAUUCUCAUAAAAAACAAUCAAUGUCAAUUAUAUUCUGAAAUUGAUAAACUUUUCCAGAAAAGAUCACAGGAAACACUGAACUAUAAGAAAUAUAGCA